AUGUCACUUCAAUUUAAGACGAAAUCUUUUCGAUUGCCUUUGAAACGUAUCAGCGCUGGAAAAAAUCGGCGAAAAUGCAUUGGUUUCGCGUUUCCUCAAGUUAUUUUACUUUUGUUUGGGUUCGACGCGAAUGCUUCACAAUUUGAAGUUAAUACUCUGACUUUCAAGGGCGUUUGUGAGCAGAAGGGUGGAGAUUGGUGCAACUUAAGAUGCCAAAUAGCAGGUGGGCGCGAUGGUUAUUGCAACAAAGCAAACAUUUGUAAUUGCAGGCAAAUGUAAGCGGAAUGCUCCAUGGAAUUCGAUAUAAUUUUAAAUGUUUGCGUAUACCUUGGGUAUAUGUAUGAAAACUAUCUCUAAAUAAAGACAUCUUUUUCUUA